AGCUUGGAUCCUUCUUUACUUGUCCCCUGAUCUCUCAUAAUCUCUCGUCUUCCCUCUCUUUUGUGUUUCAUCGAUCUCUAUCGGUCAUGGGUUCGAAUUUUCAUUACACUAUAGAUCUCAAUGAAGAUCAAAACCAUCAACCUUUUUUCGCUUCUCUUGGAUCCUCUCUUCAUCAUCAUCAUCAUCAUCAUCAACAACAACAUUUUCAUCACCAAGCUUCUUCUAUUCCCUCUUCUUCGCCGUCUCUUUCCUACUUCCCUUUCUUGAUCAACGCUCACCAAGAUCAAGUAUAUGUUGGGUACAACAAUAACACUGUUCAUGAUGUUCUUGAUACCCAUCUCUCUCAACCUCUCGAGACCAAGUUUGUAUCUGAUGGUGGUUCAUCAUCAAGUGAUCAAAUGGUGCCAAAGAAGGAGACACGACUAAAAUUGACGAUAAAGAAGAAAUAUAAUCAUCAAGACCAAACCAAUCUUCCUCAAUCCCCGAAUAAAGAUAAGGGAGGAACUAAUUCGCUCAAGUGGAUAUCUUCGAAGAAUGGUUAUAACAACAAUUGCGUGAUUAGGAUUUGCUCCGAUUGUAACACAACCAAGACUCCUCUUUGGAGAAGUGGUCCGAGAGGUCCCAAGUCUCUUUGUAACGCUUGUGGAAUAAGGCAAAGAAAGGCGAGGCGGGCCGCUAUGGCCACGGCAACUGCAACCGCAGUCUCUGACGUAUCGCCACCGCUCAUGAAGAAGAAGAUGCAAAACAAGAACAAGAUAUCAAAUGGAGUUUAUAAACUCUCCUCUACUUCGGCCCUAAAGGUAAACAAGUGUAAGAGAAUGAUCACACUAGAGGAGACCGAAGCAGCCGAGGAUUUGGAGACUCAGAGCAACUCCACGAUGUUAUCACCUUCUUCAUUUUCAGACAAGAUUGAUUUCGAUGAUCUAGCAAUAAUAUUGAGCAAAAGUUCAGCUUAUCAGCAAGUUUUCCCUCAAGACGAGAAGGAGGCUGCCAUUUUACUAAUGGCUCUAUCGCACGGAAUGGUUCACGGCGAAAACAGAACAAACAAAAUGUCUCCGACGACGACGACAUCGUUACGAUCCCUAAGCUUCUCGCUUUACGCUUCUUCUAAUUGUAAUCCGAGUCCUACACCAAUUGAGAUCCGACAGUUUCUGAGUUCAUGCAAUAAAUUCUACGGUCUGUCCUCUUCGAGCUCUUCUUCCUCCCUUACUUCUACUCCGAUCGGAAAUCUAGUUUUCUCAUCAAGGAAGCAGUUUCUCUCCUUAAAGGUCCAAGCGUUAGCUGCUGAAACCGAACAGCCAAAAUGGUGGGAGAGGAAAGCAGGGCCAAACAUGAUUGACAUUACCUCAACUGAGCAGUUUCUGAACGCGUUAAAAGAUGCCGGAGAAAGAUUAGUUAUCGUGGAUUUUUAUGGAACUUGGUGUGGUUCUUGCCGUGCAAUGUUCCCAAAGCUCUGCAAAACGGCGAAAGAACACCCUGAAAUCUUGUUCCUUAAAGUAAACUUUGAUGAGAACAAGUCUCUCUGCAAAAGCUUAAACGUCAAGGUGUUACCAUACUUCCACUUCUACCGCGGUGCUGAUGGCCAAGUCGAAUCCUUCUCAUGCUCUCUUGCCAAGUUCCAGAAACUGAGAGAGGCGAUAGAGAGACACAAUGUUGGAAGUUUCAGUGACAUCUCUUCUUCAGCUUCUGAGAAAGUUGAAGAUUCAAAGUCGAAUUCAAAUUUGAAAAAGAAAUCUGUAAAUUCUCCAUUUUUAACGGUCAAACUCUCAAGUCUGAUCAGAAACGAGAACAGAGAAAAAGAGAUUAGAUUUUGGUUCACCAUGUUUAAGAGAGACGACUACAUUCGAACUAAUCACGACGCCGUCUCUUCCAAGUGGCAGGGUUUCGCCCGAUCCAUGCUUCUGCGUAAACCCAUUUCAGAAACUGCAGAAUUACGCAAGACUUUUGCCGACUACUCCUUAAUUUCUCGAGAUUUAGCUCCAAAGAUUCUGAUAGGAGCCAACGAUAAGAAAAAUUUCAGAAAAGGGAAAGAUCUUGUAGGUAGAUACAGAGUCCAAGGAGCCUUCCCGGGUCUGUAUGAGCUCGGUCAUGACCAUGGCCGAAAAGAUGAUGUUCUUGUGGCUAAUCUUGGUCAACCUGAAAGCAUUAGAUCUCGGCUCCGGUCUUUUACUAGAUCUUUUGCUCAUCAUCACUUGCUUAAGCAGGGUUUGUCUCAAACAAUUCUUCCUACUACUCAGAACAAAAGUAGCAACCGAACCGAAGAGAAGGAGUCUGAUUCUGCAGAAGAGAAAGAGGUCAGUUCUGAUGCAGCUGAGAAGGAGAGUAACUCUCUUCCAUCUAUACUUAGACUCAGUCAGUCCAGACCUCAACCGGUUUCAGAGAGUUCUGCAGAAGAGAGAGAGGUCAGUUCUGAUGCAGCUGAGAAAGAGAGUAAUUCUCUUCCAUCUAUACUUAGAUUUAGUCGGUCCAGACCUCAACCGGUUUCAGAAAGACAUGAUGACAUAGUUGAUGGGUCUGACUCUGCUUCUGUUUGUGGAGUCUUACUAGAAGAUGGUACUCCUUGCACUACAACUCCAAUCAAAGGAAGAAAGAGAUGCACAGAGCAUAAAGGAAAGAGACUUUCACGUGUUUCCCCCGAAAAUCAUAUACCGUGUGAAGUUCCUACCGCAAGAGAAUCUAAAGAAACUGAGGAUAUAUGUGGAGUGAUUUUACCUGACAUGGUACGUUGCAGAACAAAACCUGUUUCAAGGAGAAAACGAUGCGAGGAUCACAAGGGAAUGAGAGUUAACGCCUUCUUCUUUCUGCUGAACCCAACAGAACGUGAUAAAGCCGUCAAAGAGGAUAAAUCCAAAUCCGAGACAUGUACACGCAUGAACCAAGAAGAUUCAAGCCCGGGUCUUUUCUGUGAAGCUACAACAAAGAAUGGUUUGCCUUGUACGAGAAGUGCUCCUGAGGGAAGCAGAAGAUGUUGGCAGCACAAAGAUAAAACGUUGAACCACGGAUCAUCCGAAAAUGUUCAGUCAGCAACUGUAAGUCAAGUAAUUUGUGGCUUUAAGCUGUACAAUGGAUCGGUAUGCGAGAAAUCUCCAGUGAAAGGACGGAAGAGAUGUGAGGAGCACAAGGGGAUGAGAAUCACAUCUUGAAUUCAAAGCAUUAGAGUAACUCCUUUUGUAAGUACCUAACCAAAAUGUUAUGUACCGAGCCCGUUUGGUAUUGGUAAAAUCUGUUGAUUUACCGUAUCAUACGUUAACUCUAGAUAAUAAGGUUGUAUGAAUUAACUAAGUAGGUGCAAGUUAAUCGAACCAAAUAUGCAUUUCUGUAAGAAGCUCAUUGUUCUCCAUUAAUGUCUCUAUAAUAAACUUUGUUGCUUUCU